AUGUCCUUGGUGCGAGGAAGACAAAGGACGGGGAGAGGUAGCUCGAGUUUCAUUUUCGCGGUCCCAUGGCCCAAGGAGUUUGACAACGAAAUCGCAGCUGAUCCACAGGUCCGCGCAAAGACUGACUUCCUCAGGAGUGCAGGUUGUAAAAGAACGGAGGGUGCUGAGGUAAAGAACGAGGAGGACCAAAAGCCUACCACAACCAGUACACAACCUGACACCACAGCCUUGAGUACUCCCCCUUUCAAGUCUUCAGCAGAGAAAUACAUUCAAGUCGACAUCCACAUUUAUGCCAAUGGAGCAACAUACAACUGGCACCUCUUCCAUGAAGCCCACGGCGACCUAUGGAACAUGCUUGGCGGUAUUAUCAUACCACUUGAACUCACAUGCGCCACAAACGGUCUGCAUCUUCGCAUCAAGGAUGUCGAAACCUACAACAAACUCCCGUCAUGGGUGAAGAUGACAGACGAUCCAGCUCGAGUACUGGACUACCUCGGCUUAGACAGCGAUCAAAAUUGGACGCCGUUCAUGAGCUGGGAUGAUAUGAUGGCGUACGCCGCGACUUGUCGCUUCCACGAUCCCGGACGAUGGCGCAGCAGAGACAAGCAGGACGGCGAGGGAGAAGAACAUGCGGAUCUAACGAAAGAGACAAAGGAUGGUGAUGGUCUAAAGAAAGUCGAGGGGGGACUGACAGAGGACGACCCUCCGAAGCUCAAGCACAACGACCGCGCAAGAGCAGCCAAGCGUCCUGCCUUUCACUAUUGGAUCGACACGUAUCUCCCUGCGUACCUGGAUGACACUCCAGGCAAGAACGCGCACAUGACACGCGAAGAGGUCAUCGAAGACGCGAAGAAGUUCUUCGGUGACCUAUUCACAAGCCAGUUUGAAGACAGGAGCACCAGGUGGACUAGACAAGUCAAAGUUGACAAGAUGUGGAGCGAAUUGCGCAAGUCCUGCCUGUGCAGGGCAGCGAGAUCGGAUAUGUUAUGA